AUGAACCAAGCAGAGGAUGUCGAGGUUAUUCUCGGCCACAAGCGCCGCUACAAGUUUCACUCUGGUACUCUGGCGCGCAACUCUACCCUCUUCGCUGACAUGUUAACCGAACCCAACGCCGCAAAACUGAACAACCGCGCCAGAAAUGCUGGUAUCAAGACUCGUUGGAUGAUUGAGUUGAAAGAACUUCCUUCCGAGCAACAACCCGCCGGUCGUCUCGGCCUUGUGGAACUUGGACCAACUGCUGAGCGAGCCGACGGCUUGAACGGCCUGAUCGUCAACGAGAACGGACGCAUCCCUCAAGCUACCAAGAUCUUCGACCACUAUGAGGGCAUUUUCUACGCCUUCUAUAACAAGGAAUUCUCCAUCGAUGACUCCGACAUGUCCGCCGCGCUCCAAGAUUGCUAUCAACUUCUUUGCAUUGCGGAUUACCUAGGCUGCACUAGACUGAUAUCUAAGCCCAUCGAGAUUGCUCUCCUCAAACAUGGUCAAGAUCUUUUCCGUGCCAUCCAAAAGAAGCCACACGCAUGGGUUGAAAUGUCUUACCGUAUUCGUAGCGAACUUAUCUUCCGCGAGUGCAUGGUCCACCUGGUCGGUAACUGGAGAACUAUCAAAUCCGCCCCUCACGCACUUGACUACCUACGCGAAGUCCCUGGUCUACGCGGCUUAAUCGAAAAGUACCAUCGAGCCAUGCUCAGCCAGUGUAAGUCUGUCGAGCUAGCAGUGAUGUCCCUCUACCCAGGUUCUAUGCGCCUACCUGUUGAAGACCUGCCUAUCAAGCGCGAGGCCUUUGCCAAAGACAUUCUAGUCUGGAUGGCACUGACUUUCUUCCGCCAUUGGAUCGGCCAGCGUCUCAUCAUGGAGAGGGGUAGACACAGCGCAGACUGUGGGUACGAGCUCUAUAAGCAAAUAGGUACAGGAGGCGAGUCCUACAUGGACAAAUCCGUCAUCAACCAGUUCCAUACCAAGUUUCCGAUGACAAAGAAGGCGAUGAACGUCCUGGAGAACCAUCUGCUCGAGAUCAAGGAGUGCAUGAAGACCGUUGUCGACCAGCACAAUAUCCUCCAGUCGAAGUGCCAGUUGGACGUUCAUCGUUUUCCGGUUGAGUACUUGACCUGCACAGAGUUUAAGAAGGAGGAUAUUCCUUGGGAGAAGGAGACUGAAGGACCUAGGGUGCUGCCAGCUAAGCGGGCAUACAAGGCUGGAGGUAAUGACAUUGCGCGGAAGAACUUGGAUACAGCGAGGAUGCAUCAGGAUAGGGGCUUGAGUGUGGAGGACGAGCAGAACGGUGGUGAUGAAGGAGAGUUUGAAAGUGAUAUGGAGGAUGUGGAGGAUGCUAGGGCUAAGCGUGUCAGGACUCAGUAG